ACGAGCCGGCCAAACCAACACAAAACAACUGCCUCUCUCUCUCUCUAACUUUUCUUCAUCCAUUCCCAAACAACACCUAACUCUAUCAUCCCCUAAAAAAACUAUAAAAAAUAAAUAAUCAAAUAAAUUAAUUAAAAUCUGACAAUAUCCGAGAAUAAUACCCAACGUAUCUUCCAUUCUAUUUUCUAUUUUUUUCUUACACCUUCAUCACUUCUUUCUAUAACCCAAUUCCAAUACCAAACCCCUUUAUUUUACUUCACCAUCUUCCACACUACAAAAAAAACUACCAAUCCAAUACAAACCCUAAUUCAAUUCCGAUCAUGGCCGCCACCACCACCACCAGCCUAGGCGGAGGCGCUGGUGGAGACGAUCGAGUUCUCGCUACAGCUCAACAGAUCCUGAAAAGCCUAAAAGCUCCUAAAGAGGAUCGUGAAGACAUGCUAUUGAUUUUCUCCACCUUCGAUAACCGUUUAUCCGGCAUCACUGACCUAAUCAACGGUGAUGAUUCCAAAUCCUCCGAGGAUGAAGAGCUUGACCGUUUCGAAGCCGCUGAGAAAAUUAUAAUCGAUGAUUCUUCUCUCUACACCGAGUCUUCUCGUCAAUCUACUUCGCUUUUUGAUCCUCCUAAUGAUCCUGUCGAGUAUUUUCUCGCUGUUGAUGAGAUCAUUCAGUGGAUCGAACAUUUCUCGAUCUCGCCGGAUCAUUCAACCGGGAAAACUGAUCGGAUCAUUUUGGAUCGUGCUGAGACCGCGAUCCAGCUUGCUAUGUCGAGGCUCGAGGAUGAGUUUCGUCACGUGCUGAUUUGUAAUACCAUCCCGCCGAACGCUGUUAGCCGGUGCAGUACUAACAGGAGGAGUUCCCUCUCUUUCAGUUCCCAAGAUGGUGGUAUAGAUGAUAAUUCUGGGAGUUUUGGCGAGGAUGCCGGUUCUAAUAGGUUUCAUGAGCGUGGUGUUAGCCUAGGAGAUGAUUUGUUUGUGGAUUUAGUGCGUCCUGAAUCGAUUCUGAAUCUCAAAGAUAUUAUUGAUCGUAUGGUUAGGUCUGGUUAUGAGAGGGAGUGUCUUCAGGUUUAUAGUAGUGUUCGUCGUGACGCUUUGAUUGAGUGUUUGACUAUUCUAGGUGUUGAGAAGAUGAGUAUUGAAGAGGUUCAGAAGGUUGAGUGGAAGAGUUUGGAUGAGAAAAUGAAGCAUUGGGUGCAAGCUGUUAAAGCUGUUGUUGGGGUUUUGUUGAGUGGGGAGAAAAGGCUUUGUGAUAGCCUUUUUGGUGAAUUCUAUGAUUUGAAGGAUACAUGUUUCAAUGAAACUGCUAAAGCCUGUGUCAUGAUGUUGUUGAAUUUCGGUGAAGCCGUUGCCAUUUGUAAGAGGUCACCUGAGAAGUUGUUUAGGAUAUUGGAUAUGUAUGAGGCUUUGAGAGAUGCUUUGCCUGAUUUGGAAGAAAUGGUUUUGGAUGCGCUUGUCAUCACGGAAGCAAAGGGUGUGCUCAAAGGCCUUGGUGAGGCAGUAAAAGGGACAUUUGCUGAAUUUGAGAAUUGUAUUAGGCAUGAGACUUCUAGAAAGCCGGUUAUAACUGGGGAUGUUCAUCCUUUGCCUCGGUAUGUUAUGAAUUACCUGAAACUGCUUGUCGAUUAUAGUGAUGCUAUGGAUUCGCUUUUGGAAAUCAGCGAAGAGGCUCUUUAUCACUUUAAAAAUGAUUUGGGGGGUGAGGUUUCACAGUUAGAGGAUUUGUCCCCUUUAGGCCGACAAAUACUGUUGUUAAUGUCUGAACUUGAGCAUAAUCUUGAGGAAAAAUCAAAACUUUAUGAAGACAUUGCAUUGCAGCAGGUGUUUUUGAUGAACAAUCUCUAUUACCUAGUGCGCAAAGUGAAGGACUCGGAUCUUAAAGAUGUCUUGAGAGAAAAAUGGAUUCGUAAACGCAGCGUUAAGGUACGACAGUACUCUACAGGAUACCUUAGAGUCUCUUGGAGUAAGGCCUUGUCUUGUUUGAAGGAUGAAGGGAUUGGAGGGAGCUCUAAUAGUGCCUCAAAAAUGGCUUUGAAGGAGAGGUUCAAGAAUUUCAAUGCAUGUUUUGAAGAAAUAUACAGGGUUCAGACAGGUUGGAAGGUACCUGAUGAGCAGCUUCGUGAAGAGAUGCGAAUAUCUAUAUCUGAGAGGGUGAUUCCUGCAUACCGCUCAUUUGUAGGGAGAUUUAGCUGUCAGCUGGAAGGAAGACAUUCAAGCAAAUACAUUAAGUAUUCACCAGAGGAUCUAGAGACUUUUUUAUUAGAUUUAUUUGAAGGAUCCCCUGCUGUAUUGCAUCAUAUAAAGAGAAAGAGUUCAUAGUAUAUUAAAAGAUAAGAUAAGAUGGUUUUGACAGGUGAACUCAUUUUAUCAGGAUUAGUUGAAAAAGUUUUUAUGUGUCAUGUGUAAACUAUCUACCUUCUACCUGGAUAGCUGUUUAUCUUACAGGUCUUAAUGUUAGAGUUGGAUUUUUCUCCUGCGAAUACUGAAAUAUCUCUUGUAUAUAUUCAUAAGUCUAGUGUCUUGCUCAACUUAUUUAUGCUGUUAUGGGUAAUCACUGUCCUUGUGGAAAUAAUAUUCAUACAGUCAUACAGUACUUA